AUGUACGCCCAAAACCACGACAGCAACUCCGCAGGGAAUGGUUUGUUGGGACCGCAGGGGCAGCUACCGAAUGGUGUGAGUUCUGGAAGCAACGAGCAAGCAGCGAAUGGAGCAAGUAGAGAUCUGCCGGGGGAUAACCCUAAUGUGUUUGAUCCAGCCCCACCUCGUGAUGCUCAGCGACCUACAAGGACUCAGGAAGCUGUGACCCAGGCCCUUCGAGCUGGCGAUCAUCCUCCAUAUGGGAGCGGUGCGAUGCUGGACGGCGACAUGCAGGCGCAGCAGAUAAGUGGGAUGCCAAGGUUACCGAGUGGAGCAAUUGGGACCCCUCAGACCCCGAGAAGUGCUGUGAGGGUUCAGGAGUUCUUUUCGGCGGAGAGCAGAACCUCAAAUGCGGGUCAGGAGCAGCAGGGUGUUCGUUGGAUGGCGAGGUUUACGGAGUUCUUGAGAACGACAGCUAGCAGAGGGGCUACAGGGAUGGACAGAGUUUUGGAUUCCUUUGGUCUUCAUCAUGGGAAUGCUGGAGGGCAGGUUGUGCGAAGUCGGGCUGCGGGUGAGCUGCAGCAGAUCAACUUCUCGCCUCCAGAAGAGCUCCCUGGAGAACCGAAUCUACCCCCGAUGCCUUUGUCUUGGACCACAGCCACCGCUCAGGAGCAGCCUUUGUUUUCUCGACGGCAGGUCGAGCAGAUGAGGCAGUCAGUGCGUGAGAAUCCGGUGAUUUACGGUGCAGGGUCGGAGAUUGAGAGUGAAAGAUCUUCGAGGUUGCAGCAGGAGGUUCAGAGGCAGAUGGAGGAGUAUACGGCAAGGUACCAAGAGCAUGUUCUGAGGCUUGAGCGUGAAGUGGAACAGCGAGUGGUCCUUUUCAGGUACCUCGGCAAGCCGGUGUACCACAAGGCCUCAAUGUACCAGCAGGCGGUCACCCUCAAGUACCACUGCAAUCUAGCGUACCACAAGGCUCCAAUGUACCUGCUGAUGGUCAUCCUCAAGUACCACUGCAAUCUAGUGUACCACAAGGCUCCAACGUACCUGCUGAUGGUCACCCUCAAGUACCGCUGCAAUCUAGCGUACCACAAGGCUCCAACGUACCUGCUGAUGGUCAUCCUCAAGUACCGCUGCAAUCUAGCGUACCACAAGGCUCCAACGUACCUGCUGAUGGUCAUCCUCAAGUACCGCUGCAAUCUAGCGUACCACAAGGCUCCAACGUACCUGCUGAUGGUCAUCCUCAAGUACCGCUGCAAUCUAGCGUACCACAAGGCUCUGGUCUACCUGAAGGGCGCGCUCAAGCUCAGGAUAGUGGGUAUGCCACAGGUGAUCAAGGUCAAGGACCAGAUGGCGCUUCUUGCUGGCGGUAUGGCUCAGUUGCAACAGGCCAUGCUGAAGCAGAUGACGGUUGGAAAGGACGAAGAUCGAUCACCGGAAGCGGUGAAACCAGGAGUGUCGCAACUUCCAGCGCUUCCCCAGGUGAAGGCAGAGUCGAGCUCCAUUGACAUAGCGGACUGGUUAGAGAUGUUGGCGGCUCCUAUGUCAGACCUAAGUGAUGGUUCCGCGUCAUGGUGGAAAAAGGUCUGUGAGCAGGCCACCAAGUCCUACCAGGCUUGGACUGACGCAGGCCCAAUGGACAAGCUUGCCAUAUCUCCGCCGAAGGACCCUUCUUUGGAAGAUGGACGUUGGGGAAGGGUGAACAGCCGGGCGGCUUCGAUGAUCUUGCUGGCCCUUCACGAGAGCGUUCGUUCAGAGAUGGUGGCUCGUCGCCUUACCGGCUCGACUGUGUCGCUUUUGUUUCGCCUGAUGACUCUUUAUCAACCUGGAGGUGAAGCUGAGCGUUCCCGAAUCCUCAACAACUUGCAGAACCCCCCGCAGGAAACGGAUGCACAGAAAGUCGUCGAAGCCUUGAGGUCUUGGGACAGAUGGUUGAGACGGUGCAAGGAGUUGAGUUUGGCCACCCCAGAUCCUACGAUCCUGGCAAAGGGCUUGAACACUAUGGUCAGGCGACUGGUGGAUCAACAUGCCGAUAUGGGCUUUCGCACCAAUUUGGUGCGGUCUACCUUGCAGGUGGAUACCCGUCCUUCCUACACCACCAUCGAUACGUACUACAAGCACUUGAUGGGUGAGUGUGAGGCUUUGGCAGUGGCUUCCUCUUCUUUGUCUACUCAGACCUUGACAACCGCACCUUUGAAGCCGGAGCCGAAGAUAAAGCCGAUGAGGACGGACAACAAGAAUGGCAACAACACCCCAGCGCCUCCACCACCACCGAAGCCUCCAACGACAUCUACUACCCCAUCUCCAAGUGAAGGUCAAGAUGCCAACAAAGGGAACGGGGAGAAGAAGGAUGUGCCGUGCCGGUUCUUUGGCAAAACGUUUCGUGGCUGCGCGAGGGCCUCAAAGUGUCCGUUCCUUCAUUCGUGGGAAGGCUUGGAAAAGGAGCGCCCUACUCGGUGCCUUGCGUGUGGUGGGAAGCAUAUGGCAAAGGAGUGUCCGAACAAGAAGGGUGGAUCGCCUACCUCAACGGCAAAUGCGAGAACACCAUCUACUACCAGAAAUGGCAACGAGCAAAAUGGAGCUACCUCCUCGACCACCACCACAAGAGCAGUGCGAAUCGAAGAAAAACCGGAAGGCGAGAAGAAUGAGGCAACAGCUUCUACCCCAACGACCACUACGGAGCUCAAAGAGGUCCUUGCGGAUGUUGGGAAAAUGCUCAAGGCUAUGACGGCGGUGACAACGAUAAAGCAUGUCAAGGUGCAAGAUGAUCCUUUGUGGGCAAAGAUUAAGAUGUUGUCAGCGAAGCUGGGAUACGACGAGGAAGAGGGAACUGGUGGGCUUCUAGACAGUGGAGCUUCGCACCCUAUGAGAGUGGCCACGACCCAGGAGUACGACGAGAGCAUCCCGGUAAAGGUGACGCUGGCGGGCGAGGAGGAGCGCGUGUUGAGACAGAAUGGCCAGGGCACGGUUCUACUGAAGCCUGGUGAGGCAGAGGACUCACAACCAAUAGUACCACUUGGAGCCAUCAUAAGAGACCUUGGCUGCAACCUUCAAUGGAAAGAUGAUGGUAUCAAGUUGUUUCAUCCUCAACGAGGGCAAGUGAGAGUCCAUAUUCGGAACAACUGCCCAGAGGUGAGCGCGAAAGAAGCCCAUCGCCUGAUCAAGGAGCUUGAGAUGGUCCAGAUGAAGACGCUUAACGAUCAGGUUACUUCGCUUUCUGCGAGACUGGAGGUUUUGCAGAAGGAGGAGAAGCGCGCAUGGAAUGAGCUCUUGAAGGAUUUCAUGGAAAGUGGAGAUCGUGGGCUACUACAUCGGGCGGUAUUGCUUUCUCCUGUCACCAAGGACCUUCCAGCAGACAUCCAGGCGAUGAUGAUAACGGGCUUUGAUGUGAACAAUGGUGAAGCCUAUUUGAAGGGGCUCCCUUUGACAAGGCGGAAGCGAAAAGCUCUUUUGGCCUCCAAUGACUGGGUUGUUCGAAUGUUUCGAGGAAGAAGUGACGGGGAUGAUGGCUUCGAGAAGAUGAUCGCUAAAGGAGGAAAGGUGCUUUUGGAUGUGGAUGUUGCAGACUCGAAAAUGAUGGACAUCAAUGGCGCUUCUCCGCUUUACAAGCUCCUACUAUGGGCAGCUGCCAAAGGAAAAAUUUCCGAUAUCGUUGGAAGCCCUCCCGAAACCACCUGGACAACUUCAAUGACUCCAACGAGGGGACCGGGAUCUAUACACCAGAGAACAAAGGACUACCCGUACGGCACCCCUGGACUUUCGGUACUACAACAGCACAAGAUCAACCUCGACACGGCUUGUGUUGCAAAGCAGAUGUUGUUGUGGAUGUGCGCAAUGACAAAGGCGCGAAGGAACGUUGGCUUUGCCCUUGAGUUUCCAGCCGAUGUGGUCCCAAUGAGAGAGGAGGAGAAGGACUACUUGUCGUUUUGGAAGACUGAAAUGUGGAAGUCUUUCCGAUCGGUGAGUGGAAUAACAACAGCUACCUUCAACCAAGGUGCGUUGGGGCACCCGGCUGUGAGACCUACUACUACGGCGGCCACCUACCCGGAAGUGCUUGAGCUUGAUGGUGACUUUGACUACGAUGAUGGUUGCCUACCAACUUCGUUGCUGAAUCGGGAAGCGCUAAGGAAAUGGUCUCCCUACUUCGAGGCCCUGAUGGCCAAGUCCAUUGUGAACUAUGUCCCUCAGUCAGCCAUGGACGAAGAGGAGGCGGUGAGCUGUGGAGCAAGGCUGAGCAAGUUGACAAAGGAGCAAAGAGAUGCAUGGAUGCUGCAUUUACUCAACGAUCAUCAACCAUAUCGGGCAGACUGCUCCGUUUGCUUGAAUGCCCAGGCCACUGGCUAUCAGCACAGAAGAAGAAAGCAGCCGCAGCUUUACGCUUUGGCACUGGACCUUGCUGGACCAUACAAGGUUCGGGGCAGGGACAUGGACUUUGAUGAUUACAAGUACAUCAUGGUUGCUGCCUACAAGUGCCCCAAGGAGUAUAUGGAUGCAAAAGCUCUCGAGGCUGUGGAGAAGGAGUUUUCCAUGGAUGAGUAUGAGCCGUCGGAUGCUGAAGAUGAAUUUGGUUUGGUGGAAGAUGAAAAAGACGGCGCGGAUCCAGCUUCAGGAGGAGAGGAUGAAGUGAAAGAACCAGCAGGCCCAGCUACGUUGGACGAGGCUGUGGAGGAGCUCACUGAAGCCCUGAGUGUGUGA